AUGUCAAUCAGCAAGGUUCUAAGCUCCCCCACGUUGCUGGACAACGAAGUAAUAUUGGAGAUCGAAAGAAUCGCAUCCAGUGGCGCAGACCUAAGAGCUAUAUCGGACCAAAUCGUGAUUCCCUCAUUAGAGAUAAAUGCUGAGACCCCCGCGCUUACACUUAAACUAGCACUUUUAAAAAUAGAGUUGAAUUGCUUUGCGAGAUCGAAAUGGAUAGAGUCACUCUUUCUGCAAAUACUGAAGGCAGUGCUUCCUAGAGGUUUAUCAGCUUUUACAAGUAGUGACACUGCUGUACUAUACAUUAAGAUUAAGUACGAAGAUUUGUAUUCAGAUUAUCAGUUUUUGGCGGUGAAAGAUGCUGAUUCCAUUGCUGCAGAUCUCGCAGCGGGUGGAAGUGAGAAUAUCUCUAGCCAAGCUAGUCACCCCAAAUUUAUGGACUUGAUUAACAAGAAAUUAACUUUACUUAAUAAUAUCCCUGAACGUACAUACAGCACAAAGGGCUCCAUAUGCUUAUUGGUAGCAUCCAUUUAUAGAAAAGUAAUUGACUUAUUACUAUUAACUGGGAACGACUUCUUGAAAAGAAACUUGCUACAUCAUCUAAAUGAAAAAUUGAGAAUUACUGGUAAUUCAAAUUCUUUAGCGGCUGGAUCCCCUAACUCUAGCGCACUCAUAGAAAAUUUUAAUGGCAUUUUUACCCCAUUAUCCUGUUCGUUCUUUAAAACAACCAUUGAAGGAAGGCUAGUUGCAUUCAAUCAAUUCCACCAGUUUGUAACGUCUUACGAUAGUGGACUAUAUGUAAGGCAAAUAGCUAGUUUAUUUUUGAGUGCGUUGCUCGAAAACCACUAUGAAAAUAACGUCUAUAAUUUAAGCAAGUACUACGAUAACAUCUCAUUGCAUAAAAUUGGGAAUUUAUUGCAACCGUCUUCAGGCCAUAGCGACUUCAAUUUUGAAGAGUUAAUAUCCAAAAUGAUCCUGAAUGAUAAAUUGCCACCAGGCACAACCUUAGAUCAAUUGGAGCAAACUUUGCAUUUCCCAGUUCAAGAAUCAUACCAUCGUAUGCAAGAUAUCUGUGAUAUCAUAGAAGAAGUCACCAACUUGAUAGAAAUAUGUGAAGUGAGGUGA